AUGGAGGAGGUCGAGACAGCACCAGAUAUUUUCAUCCGCUACGACUACCCCAGAUUACUCGAUGAGAAUCGCCAGGCUGUCGCGGGCUUUCUUCGCGUGCCUGUGGAGACCGUUGUCUUUGUUCCCAAUGCAACAACAGCCCUCAAUGCCGUGUUGAGAAACUUUGAGUGGAACGCUGAUGGCAAGGACGAGAUUCUCUACUUCAGCACUAUCUACGGCGCUUGCGGCAAGACUGUUGACUACGUCGUCGAUACCAGGCGGGGCAUGGUAAACAGCCGGCCCAUCAGCAUCACUUAUCCCUGUGAAGAUGAUGAAAUUAUCAACCUGUUUGAGAAGGCUGUGGCUACUUCAAAGGGUGAGGGCAAGAGGCCCAGGUUAUGCAUCUACGAUGUUGUCUCCUCUCUGCCCGGUCUGCGGUUCCCCUUCGAGGCGAUGACAAGCAAGUGCAAGGAGCUGGGCGUGAUGACAGUUAUUGACGGCGCGCAAGGGAUUGGCAUGGUGGACUCGAGACUGGACGAGCUCGACCCCGACUUCUGGUUCAGCAACUGCCACAAGUGGCUCCACAUCCCACGAGCCUGUGCUGUCCUUUAUGUCCCGGUUCGGAAUCAGCACAUGAUGGCAUCGACUGUACCCACCUCGCACGGCUAUGUGCGCAAGUCAUUGAGGAACUCGACAUCCGGUACAGGCAGCAAGAGCGCCUUUGUCUCCAACUUUCAGUACACGGGCACACUCGACUUCUCGCCGUACUUGUGUGUCAAAGAGGCGCUGGCCUGGCGAAAUGAUGUUGUGGGGGGCGAGGAUAUAUUGCAGGAGUACAACAUCAACCUGGCUAAAACUGGUGGGCGGAGAGUUGCCGAGAUUCUAGGCACAGAAGUGCUCGACAAUAAGGCGGGUACAGCCAGUGACUGUGCGAUGACAAAUGUUAGGCUCCCGAUUCGGAUUGCGAAGAACGGAAGCAACUCGAGUGCAGCAGAGGAUGAGUCCGUUCUCACAGAAGAUAUCGUCAACGAUGUUGCGCAGUGGAUGAUGGACACCCUUGUGCGAGACUACAAAACAUUCAUUGUGGUCUACAGCCAUGGGCAGCAUGUGUACGUUCGGCUGAGCGCACAGGUGUAUCUGGAGCUUCAAGACUUUGAAUGGGCGGCAGAGACACUGCUAGAGCUCUGUGCGAGAGUCGCCAAGAGAGAGUACGAAGGGCACAUAUAA